GAGAAGAUGGCAUGUAUAUGUUUCGUAUACAGGGUGAAAUAUAUUACUCUAUUGGAUCUCUUUUUCCUGAUAUCAAAAAACCAAAAUUUUUACAACUAUAUAUCUAUAACACUGAACACGAGACCAAUAAUCAACUCGCAAUAAUACCUAAUUUUCAUAAAAACACUUUAGAGUUAAUCAAAGAAAUAUUAAACCAAUUUAACUCUUUCAUGACCAAUUUUCGUUCUAUAGCUACGAAUAGUAUAGAUAAUCUUCGCCUUAUUAUAAAAGCUGAUCAUAGUUUAGAUCAACGUAUAUACAAUACACUAACUGCUUCACAAGUCGCAGCCGUGUGGAUAAAUAGUCAUGAUCCUGUAAAUCCGACAAAACGUAAUAUUAUUGUAAAAACUAAAUCUCGAAACCUGCAAUAUAUCUCCGAAAUGAACAGAUCUUACAAUCUGAUACAAUACCCACUUUUCUUUCCUAGAGGAGAUUAUAGAUGGAAUCUUGAAAUAUUACAGAAUGCAUCUCUAAAAAAAGUAACUACAAGACAAUAUUACACAUACAAAUUACACAUUCAUGAGAAUUCUCUGACAUUAAUUCACCAUGGAAGAAGACUUUUACAACAAUAUAUUGUUGAUAAUUAUGUUAAAAUUGAAUCAGAACGACUAAAUUACCUACAAUUAAAUCAAGACAAACUAUGA